CCGGCCCAGCCAUGAUCAAGGCGAUCCUUAUCUUCAACAACCACGGGAAGCCGCGGCUCUCCAAGUUCUACCAGCCCUACAGUGAAGAUACACAGCAGCAGAUCAUCAGGGAGACUUUCCACUUGGUCUCCAAGAGGGAUGAGAAUGUCUGUAAUUUCCUGGAAGGAGGAUUAUUAAUUGGAGGAUCUGACAACAAACUGAUUUAUAGACAUAAUGCAACAUUAUAUUUUGUCUUCUGUGUGGAUUCUUCAGAAAGGGAACUUGGCAUUUUAGAUCUAAUUCAUGUAUUCGUGGAAACAUUAGACAAGUGUUUUGAAAAUGUCUGUGAGCUGGAUUUGAUUUUCCACGUAGACAAGGUUCACAAUAUUCUUGCAGAAAUGGUGAUGGGGGGAAUGGUGUUAGAGACCAACAUGACUGAGAUUGUUACACAGAUUGAUGCACAGAAUAAGCUGGAGAAAUCUGAGGCUGGCUUAGCAGGAGCCCCAGCCCGUGCUGUGUCAGCUGUAAAGAAUAUGAACCUUCCUGAGAUCCCAAGAAAUAUUAACAUUGGUGACAUCAGUAUAAAAGUGCCAAACCGGCCCUCUUUUAAAUAAAAAAAAAUUAAAAGGCCACUCCUAGGUAAAAUCCAGGGGCAAAAGUCAUCUAAGUUUACCAUGCAGUUGUUUACCAAAAAUAGAGGAGGAGAGUCUUAAGUUUCGCUCUUGGAUUUGAGUCAAGGUACUGUAUAGAACUUGUGUAAAAUCAGUCUGGAAGUUCAAUGUUGCUUUUCUUGCUCAGUGAUUUUAAAGAAAUUGAGUAGCUCCAGUGUGAUUUUCUCUUUCCUGACCUGCAUUCCUGUGCCCACCUAAAGGCAUGCCU